CCCACCUCAUGGAACCAGGGAAUCUUACAGGAGUGUCAGAAUUUCUUCUCCUGGGAUUUUCAGAGGACCCAGAACUGCAGCCCCUCAUAUUUGGGCUUUUCCUCUCCAUGUACCUGGUCACUAUGCUUGGAAACCUGCUCAUCAUCCUGGCAGUCAGUUCAGACUCCCACCUCCACACACCCAUGUACUUCUUCCUCUUCAAUCUGUCCUUGGUAGACAUCUGUUUCACCUCCACCACCAUCCCAAAGAUGCUUGUGAACAUCCAGUCACAGAGGAAAGUCAUAACCUAUGAAGGCUGCAUCGCACAGAUGUAUUUUUUUCUACUCUUUGGAGUUAUGGAUAACUUCCUUCUAGGAGUGAUGGCCUAUGACAGGUAUGUGGCCAUCUGCCACCCCUUGCACUAUAUGGUCAUCAUGAACUCCCAGCUCUGUGGUCUGCUGAUCGUAGUGUCUUGGAUCAUGAGUGCCCUGAAUUCCCUGUUACAAAGUUUGAUUGUGUUGCCAUUGUCCUUCUGUACAGACUUGCAAAUACCCCACUAUUUUUGUGAACUCAGAGAGGUGGUCCAACUUGCCUGUUCUGACACCUUUCUUAAUAACUUGGUGAUGUAUUUUGGAGUUGUGUUACUGGUUGGUGGUCCUGUUGCUGGUAUCCUUUACUCUUACUCUAAGAUAGUGUCCUCCAUAUGUGCAAUCCCAUCAGCUCAAGGGAAAUAUAAAGCAUUUUCUACGUGUGCCUCUCACCUCUCAGUUGUGUCCUUAUUUUAUGGAACAAGCAUAGGAGUAUAUCUCAGCUCUGCUGCUUCCCAUAGCUCACAUUCAAGUGCAGUAGUCUCAGUGAUGUACACUGUGGUCACACCCAUGCUGAACCCCUUCAUCUACAGUCUCAGGAACAAAGACAUAACGAGGGCUCUGAAAAGAAUCUUUGGGAUGGCAGGUACAAAGAGGACAAUCAUUUGGGAGUAAAAAGUGCUCUCGGUUUUGGGACUACAGAACUAAAAUCCAGAAAUUGUGACUCUUUAAUCACAUUGUGUUUUUCAGACUUGCUCCUUUUAUUUUUU